AUGUUGGGCAAAGUCGGAAAGGGCGGUGUGAUGGCGGUCGAGGCGCCGUUGAUGAGCAAAGAGGCGGACAUUACGUUCAGCAACAAUGUAGUGGGCAAUGGAGCAAGUAGUAGUGAAGGGCGCAGCUGGAUGUUGGGCAAAGUCGGAAAGGGCGGUGUGAUGGCGGUCGAGGCGCCGUUGAUGAGCAAAGAGGCGGACAUUACGUUCAGCAACAAUGUAGUGGGCAAUGGAGCAAGUAGCAAGGCGAGUUCCAACAAACGACGUCGACGGAACAAACGCACGGUUGAAUUCGACCUGGCUCCGGAAUUCCUCAAACACAAUCCCUUCAUUGUCAAGGGAUACCGGAAUUCAUUGUCCCUCAUUCAGUGUCUCAAAAGUUGUUUCUGGUGGACCAAUGAAAGCAUCAACAUCUGGAGCCACAUUCUAGGUGUAGUUUGGCUCAUGGUCCUCUUAUUCAUGGACAUGGGACAAAUACAGGACCUGGCUCCUUCAUACUAUGACGUGGUCGUGGCUGUCAUGAUGAUCUUAUCCUUCCAGGCCUGUUUGUCGCUGUCGGUGGUGUUCCACGUUUUCAACUGCAGUUCGGAGAAGACUUGCCAUUCGACUUUCAAGUGGGAUGUUUUCGGAGUCGCUUGGGCGACUUUCACGUUUUACUGGACUGGCAUUUAUUGUGCCUAUUCAUGCUUUGCUUAUUGGAGGUACUUCUACUGGAUAACAGCCUUUUCAGCCUUCUGUGUGACUGUGGGGUUGCAUCUGUGGGAAGAGUUCCUCAAGGAGAAAUACAGGCCCCACAGGGUCCUCAUCUUUGCAGUCUGGGCCAUCUUUGGGUUCAUCCCCACAUUCCAUUGGUUCUUCCUCUAUGGAGGAUGGUCCCACCCAUGGGUGAAGACAAUUGUUGGCAGAGUACUGGUGCUGUACUUCUUACUUGGCAUGGGAUUCUUCUUCUAUCUCUCAAGGAUCCCUGAGAGAUUCAAGCCAGGCUUCUUCGACUUCAUCGGAUCUAGUCACCAGUGGUGGCACUUGUUCGCUGUGUUGAGCUUCUGGUGGUGGCACAACACUGGUAUCGAGUGCUUCAGAUACCUCAAGGUCUACGGAUGCCCGAACCACAUGGGUCCCAACGACAACGACCCCUGGAUCACAACGUCAUUUUCCAAUAAUAAUAACAUUGCCUGGAACGAAACGAGUUCGAUCCAAGACGCCGUCAAUGGCACCAGCAGCAGCAGCUCCUGGUUUUUCCUCUGAUGAAAUCGCUACAUUUUCUAGAUACAUAUGCAUAUGUUUUUUCUCAAUUUUAUCAACACAAAAAAAAUAUUUCCUGGGUGUUUCGAAAAAAAAAGGGGGGAAAUCAUCAUCAGGGAUCUCGUGGCGAGUCGAGAGAAAAUCUUUUAUUUUAAUUUUACUUUUUAUUUCGCCACGUUCGCUGGCUUUAAAAAAAAAUCUUUUAUUUUUUGUUUGUGUGUGGAAAAAUUCCGUGGUUUUGCUGUUUGACUUGAUUUUUUUUUCUGGCACCUUUUUUAUUUUAUGUGGGGGUUUGUGUUAAUUGAGAACACACUCUGUUUUGGGACAUUAUGGGCAUACUCUCGAAUUUAUUUUGCUUAUGACUGACGAGGUCGGAAAAAAAGGCCUCGCUUUUAUGCAAUUUAUUUCUUUAUUUUUUAAAAGACCUUUUAUAUUGAAGGUCUUUUUUCUCUAACAAACAACACCUCGAACUGCAGCAUAUCCUUUUGUUGUUGCUGUGGGACGAAGAAAAACACGCAAAAUCUAGUCAUAGAUGAGGUGCGAGAAUUCGCAGAAAUAUCUUCGGAGAAAAAAUACCGACUUAACUUUUUUUUAAACUAAAUCUGUUGUCGAGAAAGAUUUUCUUUUUUUUCUUCUUCUUCUUUUUUUUUUUGGACGAUAAAUGAACGCUUGUGUAUAGAAAUGUGAGUUGAAGGGAAUUUGUAUGUCAUGGGUUUAUUUUAUGUUAUUUUUCUUUGAAAAUGCUGAAACGAAAUUGCUCAGUUAUUAGUCUGAUGAUGAAUAAAAGAAUGUGUACAAUGGAA